UUGUAAGAAGGCAGUUGCAUCUACACAAACCAGAACUCAGAAGAUUUCCGGUAAAGCUAAGAAGUCACUGAGAUGGAGGACCGUGGUAGGACUGCAAUGGCAGCACCUGGGAGAGCCCCCCCGGGUCAAAGACCACACCAGAACAUCCAGACAUGGGCCUCAGAAACAAAAAGUACCCACAUCCCAGGGAGCGGCAGCAGUGUCCGGGGGCGACUGAGUGGGCCAGUGGCUGAACACAUUGAUGAGCAGGAGAGUAAACCCGGAGAUAAAUCUUUUGAAUCAUUCAAGACUAAUGAGAAUGAAACCACAGAUGAUUACACAAGUGGAAAAAAGAAGAAAUCGAGUCAAACAGAAAUUGAGACACUGCUUGGCAGACUUCACCUUCAAGACAAAGUUCAACAGAAGUUGCCAAAAGCAGAUUUUCUUCAAAUACGUCCACCUGGGAAACAGAUGGACCAUGUAACAUCUGAGAAAGAUCUAGCUCACACUUUUCUCCAUAGGCUGAUAAUGUUGAACUACAAGGCCAGAUAUAUUCCUGUAAGAUCAGAAAGUCCUGAGGUGACCAAUUUAAAGCCCACAAUGUUUGACAACAGUGAGAUAGAUGACAGUGAUCUAGAGGAAUUGUUUAAAACCACUGCAGACACAAAUAAGAAUGAGAAGGCUCAUGUGCAUCCAAUGGAUGUUCAGAUGGCAGUAUUUCACUGCUCAGACAGCUUCCUUAAACAGAUGAUGAUUACAAAGCUCUCUCAGUGUCAGUAUGCCUUACCUUUACUUGUUAAUGACCCAGUUACAAAGGAGAUUCAGUUUCCUCUGUGGACCUACAGAGAGAUAACAAAAACCUGGAAGGUAACUCAAAUCAAAGAUGACCCUAAGAUCGUCACCAUGAAGAGUGUUCCAGUCUACAAAGCUGAAACACCCUUGGUGUCAUUUUUCCGUCUGGGUUCUUUGUCAGUGUCUAAAUCUCAGCUGAUGAACACUUUGAUCAACAACCGUCACGACACCUUCUUCCACAGAAACUGCCCAGGAAGCACCAAGUCUCGCUAUUUGAUGGACGGUGUGGCAGAGAUUGCCUGGUACUGCCCUGCUGGAAAACCCAAUGAUGCCUUCAAUGACUGUAUUGCCUUCUGUAAUCUUCAUGGUGAUGCUCUGUUGAUUGAAAAACAGCGUGACAUACUGAUUCAAAAAUCCUUCAUCAAUAUUUUUCUUGUGGCAUCUCUGCAAAGAAAUGAACAAAGCUGGUCACUUAUAUCAUCUCUUUUUAAGUCUCAUAAGCCUCUCAUUUUCCUCAUUGUUAAUGACACUCGUGAUGUUGAGAAAAUAAAGGGAAAAUACAUAAUUGGCCUCAAAGACAGAAACCACUCAGAUGUAUCUGAAGAGCUAAAAAAGAUCAUCACAGAGGUUUUGACUUCUUUUGAUGGUUCCAGCUUGAAACCAUCCUUCCAGCUUGAAACCAUGGCUGAGCUCUCUGGAAUCAGAGUGGAUGAAACUGACCCAGCCUGUGAAAGUUGGAAAUCUGCUGCUAUGGAAAUAAUCAAUCUGCUUACAAAGGAUAACAUGCAUGUCUCAAAGAUCAAAGAUGACUUUCUCCCAUGUCAAAGCCAACUGUGGCAUCAGUGGAGCAAAAUACACAGAGAACUGUUUAAACUCAGAGGAGACAUUGAAAAGGAGAAAAGUAAAAAGGAAGUAGAACUGAUGAAAAUACGUCUGAAACAAUGUGCUGCUUCCUGCAAUAAACUAAUGCAGUUGUUCACUGGAAGUCUCUCAUCAUUGCCAGAAACAGAUAGAGAAUAUUUCCUAAAAUGGACUCAGAUCUUCAUAGAUGAGCUCUCAACACAUGAUCUUUCUUCAAUUCUCCAAAGUUAUGAUGAAAAAUGGUCUGAGGUCUUGGAUUUGAAGAACAAACAGGACAAAUCAGAUCUGUUAUUAAAAACACAAACUGAACUUGAAGACAUAUCAAAAAAACUUCAGUCUGCAACUUUUGGUUUGGAGCACAUCUUCAGAGAAAUGGGACAGAUCUAUGAAGCCCAUAAAACAACACACAGAGAGAGCAGACACACUGACUGGUCUAAAUACCCUGAGCUGGCAGCACAGCUGAUGAUAUCAGGACACCCGAUGGAGCUGAUGGAUGGUGAUGCAGGUCAUGUGCCUCUAACAUGGAUCUCCAGUCUUUUAGAAGAAGUCAUCAAGAAACUGGGGGACCAGAGAGUUUUUGUGUUGUCAGUUUUGGGCCUACAAAGCAGUGGAAAAUCAACAAUGCUGAACACCAUGUUUGGGCUGCAGUUUGCAGUGAGUGCUGGCAGGUGCACCAAAGGUGCCUUCAUGCAGCUGCUCAAAGUAUCAGAGGAGAUGAAGAAAGAUUUGAAGUUUGACUAUGUUCUAGUGGUGGACACUGAAGGACUGCGUGCUCUUGAGGUAGAAGGUAACAAAACUCUUCAUCAUGACAAUGAACUGGCAACACUUGUUGUUGGUCUGGGAAACAUGACAUUGAUCAACAUCUUUGGAGAGAAUCCUUCUGAUAUGCAAGACAUUCUGCAGAUUGUUGUUCAGGCUUUCAUGAGGAUGAAGGAAGUGAAACUUUCUCCCAGUUGUGUGUUUGUUCACCAGAAUGUCACAGAUGUUGCAGCAGCAGAGAAAAACAUGGAUGGAAAGAGACGCCUGCAGGAAAAACUGGACCAGAUGGCCAAACUAGCAGCCAAAGAGGAAGUUUUUAAUGCAGAGUGCUUCAGUGAUGUCAUUGAUUUUGAUGUUCAGAAAGAUGUGAAAUACUGUGCCCAGCUGUGGGAGGGCAGUCCACCCAUGGCUCCUCCAAAUCCAGAUUACAGUGAGAGCAUCCAGGAAGUGAAGAACACCAUCCUCUCUAAAGCUUCAAAGUCUGCUGGGAUCACUCUCUCACAGUUCAAAAGCAAAAUUCACGACCUGUGGACUGCACUGCUGAAUGAGAAUUUUCUUUUCAGUUUUAAAAACACACUUGAAAUUUCAGUGUACAGAAAACUGGAGGUCCAGUAUGGGAGCUGGACCUGGACAAUGAGGGAAAACAUGUUGACCAUUGAAAACCAACUUCAUAACAGAAUUGAAAAUGGAAAACUUGAUGAGGUUAAACAAUCUUACCUUUUUAAAGAAACAAGCAAAACAUAUGAAGAAGUUAGAAAAGAAAUGACAAAGUACUUUGAGGAUGACAAAGACAGAGAGAUCUUGGCUCAGUGGAGAGGACGAUUUGAAAUAGACAUUGAGGAAUUUCUUAAUAAUCAAGUGAAAAUGGUGAAAAUAAAACUGGACGGAGUAAUCCAGCAGAAGACAGCUUGUAAAAAACUGGAUGAGAAGAAAUCAGAGUUUGAGAACAAACUGCUGCAAAAGAGCAAAGAGCUCGCUAAGAAACUAAAGGAUAAGGCCAAAGAUGAAGAAGAGCUUCAAAGACAGUUCAGCUCUGUUUGGAGCGGCUGGGUUGCUGAAUUAACAUCAGAUAUAGAACCGAUUAAAGACAUAGAAAAAGACUUGGAAAAAGAUAAGUCAGAUAUCCUUGAAAAACUUGGUUUUGAGAAAAGUCUCACAGAUAAAUGUAAAAGUAAUGGCAGAUACAAAAAAUUAUCAGACGUUGGUAAAUAUUCAGAAUAUAUGACGACAGGUGGUUAUAUGUUGGUUGAUUUUUGCAAAAAAUAUACUUCAAGAGGUGGUUUUUCCUAUGAAGAACAACAACAGGUCAGAUUGCUCAUUGUACAAGCUGAAGAAGAGUCACUUGGUGCAAUCAAAAACAAACCUGUAGCUGCAAGAGGCUACUCAACAACUUAUUUGCAUGAAAUGGCCAAUCAUGUGACAGAAAAAGUACAGAAGUUUUUGUCAGAGAGGAAAUACACUUUAAACAAGGAGUUUAAAGUUGAUCUCUUGCUCUAUGUGUUCUACAAGGCAGAGAGUUGGCUUCUACAGUCACACAAGAAAUUCAAAAUGAACAAUGAUCCAAUCACUUAUUUGGAAAGCAAGAAAAAACAGUACUACACAGCUUUUAGAAGCUUUUGUAAAGAAAACUCAUCUGCUGUUGUGCUUGGAGAACUGAUCUGUGAAAAGCUGAAAGUGUCCACUGUUGAGGCUGUCUGUAACAAGACUGCCAUUGAUCUCGCUGGAAGGAUGAGGUGUAAUUUUCCAGCAUUCAAUGGGAACAGACUGAACUUGGAACAACAUAUGUUGAGGUCACUCGCUAAGAAAGAAAACUUUGAUGAUUUCAUCACAUACAUCACAAAUCCAAGGAAACAAACAGAAGCUUUCAUUAAAGCAGAAGUGGAGAAAUACAUCUACAUGAGUCACAAAGAUGAAGCUGUGAAUAUACUCAAGAAAAAUGUUGAUGACAUUAAAAAAACAGUGAGUCAAGCUUUAUUUACUGCAGUAAAACAAGUCCAAUAUCAGAGAGGAGACACAGAAAUGUGGCUGAAUGAAUUUUGUCAUGUCCUAAAGGAUGAGCUGACAUUUGACAACAUUCCUUCUGAAAACUUCACUGACAUUAAAAAAUGUGAUUUCCUCAAGGAAGAGAUAGAAAAAGGAUUUGAACCCAUCAUUAAGGACAUGUAUAGCCUCUCCUUGGAUAAGCUGAAGAAAUCCAGGGAGAAGCCUGAAGAAAUCCUCAUAGAUCAGCUGUGUAACUGCUGCUGGGUAAAGUGUCCAUUCUGUGCAGCUGUUUGUACCAACACUAUUGAAGAUCACAGUCCUAAUGACCACAGCACUCCUUUUCAUCGAGCUGAUGGGAUAAAAGGAUGGCACUAUAAAGAUACAGUAGAGCUCAGUGUCACCUUCUGCACAACAAAUGUUGCAAGUGAUGGCAGUUUUUACCCUGAAUGUGAUUCAAAGGAAGCCAUUCCCCACAAACAAUACAAAACUGCUGGUCCGCCGUAUGAUACCUGGAGCAUCACCCCUGAUGGGUCUGAUCUGGCAUAUUGGAAGUGGUUUGUAUGUCAGUUUCAAAAGCAACUGGAAGAGCACUAUGGGAAAAAGUUCAUGGGCAGCGGAGAGAUUCCAGAUCAAUGGAAAAAAAUAACUAAAAAUGAAGCCAUUAAAAGUCUGGAUGAAAUGUAUUAAUGAGUCAAAGAAACUGCAAAUCUGCUGAAAGUCUUGAUUACCUGCUUUCACCCAACAACUCGUUAAUCCAGCUGUGACAGUCUGAUUUUGUCUGAGUCUGUAAACUAUUAACACAAAGAAGAUGAUACGAGAGACUUUAAGUUAACUCACAAGAAAAUACAAAGAGAAAAAACACAAGUCACAUUCUCACUGUUGCUUCCAUCUAGGCUUUCAAAGUUUGUCCAGAUAAACACAUUUUUAACCUAAUUUUGUUCAUUGCAAUAUCAUUUACCUGUUCAAAACAAACAUUUUUUGUUUAUCAAAUAGUCGAAAAUGGAAGGAAACUAAAUGCAAAAACUGCUGUCCAAUGAGUUAACCAUCUCGAUCUUCUAAAUGCACAUGAACAAUCUUGCCUUUGCAUGCAUAGUUAACCACCAUGAAAAGUUAAUUUCAUAAUUUGGCAUUUUCUUCAGGUUUCUAAUGUUUGACAUUUGAGGUAAAAUCUCAAAAUUUUGUUAAAUCUUUCUCCUCAUCUUCUAAAAUAUGUACAUUGCAUUGCAUUUCUUAAAGCUCUUUACCAAAGAUUAUCUUACAAUAAUUUGAAUCUGUCUUAUGUCCUGUUUUUAAAUGCAUAUAUUUUUAAUUAUGCAACAUUUAUUCAGUAACAAAUGGUAACACUCCUGAUCAUUAAUUUCAAACAUUGCACCUGAAAACAACAACAAACAUAUCGACUUUUGUAUUUUAUUGGUGUAAUUUUCAAUUUAAUUUUAGAUUCAUUGUUUCGGUUAAAUAUUAUUCUCACAGAUCAUAUGAUUUGAGAGCAGAUUUGUAACCAGUUAUAUCCACACUGAAUUUUGUUUAAUUUAACUUUUUUUUCUGCUCAGCUGUUGCUUUGUCUCAGCACUGUUUCUUUUUUUAAAAAUUCUAUUCUGUAGCAUUUGCAAAUGUUUCAGCAUGUUUAGUCAAGUGAAAUAAGACAAUUGUCAGCAGUUUGAACAACUUUUUGUUGUCUAUGUCUUUUAAUAAUAAAAUAGUUUGUGC